AGAGAGAAAUUGACUAAUUAGCAAUGCGCACUAAAACUUGACGGUUCUCUCUAUAACAGCGAGGGAAAGAUUCGGUUUUUCUCCCCCUUUCUCUUUUCUUUCUUCCAUAGAUGUUUGAAAUCGCAGUCAUUUACGCUCGACAGUUUUUACAAUAGCCUUGAGCCAUAAUUUUGCGAGUCUCUCCAGCAUCCAUACCCCUGCAUGGUCUCUCUCCACCGGCCAUGCACGACCGUUUCUCUCCCCAACCGUGGAUUUCCUAUUACUCUCGUUACGACUCACUGAGCCCCAGGCCCAAGGAUAAUGAUGUGUUGUUUCUUGGUAGCAUAAUUUGUCACACGUAUAUUUCUUCUUCUUCUUCUCUUGCAGAAAGCACAGCUCCCUCUCACACACUCACACACUUCUUGUUAAUUCAGAAGAACAAAUGAUCAACGUCAACAAAUAACCUGAAAUAGUGACUUUCUGAGUUGGAAUCAAUGGUGAUUUUGAGACACCACCGACAAUAGACUUUAAAGGAAAAGGACAUUUCUCUAAAAAGGAAGAACAAAGGAAAAUUCAAGUGAGAUUAUUGGGAACCUGAAGCUUUACUUUUCUUUUUUGUCAAGAGCUGAAGUCAGGUAAGUUUGGCUCCUUCUCAGGCGAGCUGCUCACAUCAUUUAGUUGUGACAGGCGCUUUUAGUGUAUCUGGCGACAACGUUACAGCACGCUUCUGUCAAGUUUACACUCGUAGAAAUAGCUUUUAGAAAACAAUAGAGAUGCAUUGUACGUUUAACUUUACCGAAAGCUUCAUUCCAGUUGUUGUAUUCCGAUACUCACGUCUGUUUAACUCAGGGGGAGGCUAAAAAAGCGAAACGCAUCCGUAGUGCUGCUUGCUGACGGCUCGGAGACAAACUAAUUGCUUUUGUAUGACUCCGUAAAUCUGAGCGGUGUGUGAUGUCCUCGUCUUCGUGGGGGAGAGACGGGAGAAGUGUUGUCUGAAUGCUGCAUGUUCUCCGUCCACCGUGGCGGCUGUUUUUCCCUGGUCCUCAUCCGACAACUUCAGCCGCGUUAACCGAGCGAAGGGGGGGGAAAAGCGCUGCAGCAUCUCCGUAUCUCCGCGUUUUUUCUCUUUUGACAGCGCCCUUCAAAAAGCGUCAGCCUCCAUUUAAAACGUAUCGUUCUCGAGUUAAGAAUGAAUAAGAGUGGCACGCUGUGGGAACUACUGCGUUUUUGUUUGUUGCUUUACGACCAGAGCUCAAAGUUGAAAGCGACUGAAACCGUGCUGGAUGUAGAUAGUCGCCGGCAGGCAUGGCAUGAUGGUUAUUCCCCGCUGGACGGACGGGAGAUCUGCUCAAUAACUUAGGCUACUGGAGAAAUUUGGGUUAUAAAGAGCGGACUGUAGGCAGCUAUAGGCUGCUGUGUGUUGUUCAAAUAAAUGACCUGAGGUAAAUGGCUUGCAUGGUUUAUUUGUUGCCUAGGUGGCGUUCACAGUCAGGAAGUCAUGUCCAGAUCGGGUGAUAGAACAUCCACCUUUGACCCAACACACAGUGACACCCUGCUGCAUGGGCUCAACCUCUUAUGGAGAAAACAGCUGUUCUGUGAUGUGACUCUCACUGCCCAGGGACAGCAGUUCCACUGCCACAAAGCUGUACUGGCAUCCUGCUCUCAGUAUUUCAGAUCUCUCUUCUCCUCCCAUAAUGCCAUCAACAAUGAAGGGAGCAAAGGGGACCAGGGCAGCAGUGGGACCCCGUCAUCCUCUCCUGACGACAAGUUGGUGACCCCCAGCGCCAGGCCCAUUAAUAACCUGGUACUCCAGGGCUGCUCCUCCAUUGGACUACGAUUAGUGCUGGAGUACCUGUACACUGCCAACGUGACUCUUUCCCUGGACACGGUGGAAGAGGUGCUGUCAGUCAGCAAGAUCCUCAACAUCCCCCAGAUUACCAAGCUUAGCGUGCAGUUCCUUAAUGACCAGAUCUCUGUGCAGAACUACAAGCAGAUCUGCAAGAUUGCUGCACUCCAUGGACUGGAUGAGACCAAGAAGUUGGCCAACAAGUACCUGGUGGAGGAUGUGCUGCUGCUGAACUUUGAGGAGAUGUGUGCCAUGCUGGAUGCUCUGCCACCUCCAGUGGAGUCAGAGCUGGCUCUGUUCCAGAUGUCAGUCCUGUGGCUGGAGCAUGACCGGGAGACUCGCAUGCACUAUGCCCCAGACCUUAUGAAAAGGCUGCGUUUCGCCCUCAUACCUGCUCCAGAGCUGGUGGAGAGGGUGCAGUCUGUUGACUUCAUGAGGAGUGACCCUGUGUGCCAGAAACUACUGCUGGAUGCCAUGAACUACCACCUCAUGCCCUUCAGGCAGCACUGCAGGCAGACUGUGGCCAGCAGGUGAGGAUCAAACAGACAAAUACACAGAGAUAUAAAAAAAAGAAGAGAAACACACACAGACAUGAUUUCACACUCUCUCUCUCACACACACUGACACAGUAAUGAGCUGUUUGAAAGUGGACGGAAGGCGACUAAAUGCCUCCCACUUGUUAAAUUUAAACAAAUUGCCGACUCAAGUAUUGCCCACUCACUCAAGUAUACUGGUCCCACUGCCUGCAUAGUUUAGACCUCGUAGGUGGUCAGUCAGAGCUGUGAGGUUUGCGGCCCACUUAAUGAGGAUUUUUGGGGUUUUCCUGUUAUAAAUUGCCAGCAGGCACAGGGACUUGAUCUGCUCUUUGCUACACUAUAUUCAUCAUAACCAUAGGAUCACCUUAUGUUUCAUUGGAGGAAAAAACAACAACUCUUAAUUUCCUCACACAUCUGUGUAAUUGGUCUCUAAUCGAUGUAGACAAGAUGCAGCAAAUUAGAUAAAAAAGGUUUUGCUUUUGAUGUGUGCUGUACUGGGAUGAAUACAACUUGAAAUGCUCGUAUUAAUUUGUUACUAGAAUGACAUGGUAUUUGUAAUUCAACUCUGGUUUAAGUUUAAGGAUACUUCAACAAUUAAGGUAGUGAUAACUGACCAAAUAUUAAUGGAGCGCUAAUCUCGGUGUGCAAUAUAUAUCAAAGAAGGCAGUCUUUAUUUCAAAUUAUGCAUAAUUUAGAGAUAUUACCAGCACUUUAUUUAAUUGCAGAAAGUUCCACCCAUAAAUGAGCCAAGCUGCAUGUGUCACUUCCAUGUUUGUCCUGAUCAGCACUUUAAGGGGCCGAUGAGUAGCCAAGCGUUGUCAGCAUGUUGAUUGAUUGACGGGGCUUUUGUCAGGUUUUGUUUACAGGGCUGACUGUACAGUCAAGCCUGAAAUUUCUUAUGAGCAGUGAUGGCAUCAGUAUUCAAAUUUGGUAUUCACUGCAUACAUCUUUCAAGAGCAGAAAUUACAGUUGUGGCAUUGGGAGUCUUAAUAACUUACAAGUCGAAUUUUGAACACAAAGAUCUUGAAGGGUUUUUUUUUUUUUUUUUUAUUCAGUUGUAACCAGCUCUACAUUAUCCAAAUUACACAUUUAUUCUCACAUACAGACCUAAAUGAGCAAAGAAUAAGGAAUCCUCAUAAUUAGUUUCACAUGCCACUGUUUCUCUCCUCUCUCAAUUAAUCACCAUUAUCUAUGUCCAGGGGCUCAUUUGCAUAUGAAUAACCCCAAAACACUUCACAGUGGGCCAGUAGCAGAGAGAAUGUACCAAGACGAUGAGGAUUUUAUCAAGCAUAAAAAGUGAAAAGGGAGAAAAGGUGGAUGUGGCUGAAUAUAAAGGCCAGCUACUCUUAAUAUUUUCCACUGCAUAUUGUGAUUAAUUGGUGGAUUUGCUCUAAAAUUCUGUAGGAGAGGGAUCGUGUUUGUUAGUGUACAGUAAAGUGUUGAGUUUUUGGGUAGUGUAUCAAACAUAAACAGCAGAAAAUAUCCCAAAGAUGUCACAUGAAUCACUGCAGCCAAUGAAAUGGAGACGUUGUAUGGGCAGGUUUAUGUACUCAAUUGUGCUUUUGGCCUCUAGAAUGGCACCCUCCCCGACCCUCAUCACUUCACACCUAAUUGAAAAAAUGUCUUUUGAGUACCAUAACCACUUAAUAAUGCAUAAAAGCAUAAGUAAGUAGUUAAGUUUCUUCUGUUAAUCAUGAUAAAUGCAGCCACAAAUUGCAUGAUUAGUUGUCUUAAAUUAAUGAACAUAACAGGCAUUUGUUCAGCAUUUCAUUUAUGGCUUAUUUCAUUCAUAAAUGGAAUAUUUGCAUAGUAACAAAGAAAAAAACACAUCGCUUUUGCUGUUGAAAAUAUAAAAGUAAUUGUGUAAAUUGGGAAUUAAAGGUGUACAGAUUCUGAUUGUGCUUAUUUUUGCCUUUGGAUGUUUUAUCUCAAGUCUAAAUACCUGUUUUGUUCUCUGUUUCCCAAACACUUGUCCACACACCCACACUUCUGACAUUACAGAAUCCGUUCCAAUAAGAGAAUGCUGUUACUGGUGGGUGGUUUGCCUCCUGGACCUGAUCGUCUCCCAAGCAAUUUGGUCCAGUACUAUGACGACGAGAAAAAGACAUGGAAGAUCCUCACAAGUGAGUAGCAAAGGCUCUGCUGCAUUUUUUUUUUCACCUGAGGCAUCUUGUGUUAGUGGCUUUUUUUAUGAUGAGACAAAGUUGUUCCUAUGGAUGACUUUAACACAGGUUAAUUUCCACAGAAAAUGAGAGGAAGGAGUUCCCUAAAUCCUUUAGGUAAUAAUGUAUCACUAUCACUUUUAAUAUAAGUUUUUAAUCAGAGCGUGACUUCACAGCACUGUGGAGCUUCAUGCCCGGUUUCCCUUGUUUUUGCUGAAAUAUGCUGGCAGGAUGCAUGAUGAGAUUUACAGCAAUCUAAUGAUCUAUUGUGGCAGUGAUAGAACAGUAAUGAAUGCAACUUUUUCUCAAAAGCUUUUAAAAGUAGCUUGAUUAUUCACUUGCAUUGAUCAGUACAGGAAAUUGAGUUUUUCCAUACAUUCUAAAAGGUACAUAUUGAAAAAAAAGAUUUUGAUCCGCUUAGCAUGUGUUAAAUAAGAAGAUGGGUGGGGUUGGUGAACACGACAUUCAAAAGCAGAUACAAUGAUUUCAAACAAGUUAGAAAAUUGAGAGAAAAACAUGAAAAUGUAUCUUUAAACUUCAGCGAUUUAUACUAAUGACGGUAUUGAUUGAAUGGUAUUACUGAAAGGAAGUCAUCCUGAUUUUUAUCAUUUUUUCAUCGAUAGAAAUUCCACAUCAUAGACAAAACAACUGAAGGACAGACAUCACAGCACUCACUUCUGUAGCAUACCCUGUACUCUCUUUUCUCUCUGUCUUUUCUGACCUUUUGAGGCUCACCACUAUAUUGUUGCCAUAUUGAAAGGUCAAACAAGAGCUAAUGGGAGACCUUUUUUGUGCUUUGCAUCAUUAUCAUCCGACAUAUUGAGUUUUUUGUCCUUUUGUUUUGGUUGGAGACAUAUCUCAGCUGGGUCUCUUCAUCCGUAUAUAUUAGCCAGAGGUUUGUUUCUGUCAGUUUGGCACUGUGCAGUCUGUAUUCCCGUUUUAUGGCACGAGUUUUUAGUAAGUCUGGCAGUGUAUCAUUAUAUUCAUAGCUCAGACAGUCUUAAAUUCAGUAAAUGUUUUGGAUCUGUUUCUAUCUCUGCUGGAAUUACUAUUUUCUUGAUGGUUGUUUAAUAUUACUGAGCUCAUAUUUGGCCAUAUUUUACUAAAGGAGCCAUGCAUACACAACAGCCUGAGACUUUGGAGUCUAGAUUGUCAAUUUCUCAUUUAGCUCACACUCCUGGGUAUAAACUGCAACAAGCAAAAGGUCAACAGGGAUUUCCAUCGCUCAAAACUAAAAAGUUAACACUCAAAUGGUCCGUGUCCAAGUGGAAGGACAAAACUGCAAAAUCAUCCCCUUAACACAUCAGUGACCAUCUGAUGUAGCCUCCACACAAUGGAUGUGGAAUGAAGAUUAUUAACAUUCAAUCAUAACUUUUCAAUGAGGCGAAACCUGAGAGGGACAGCCUUUGAUUAAGACAUUCAUCAACACAAUUUGGGGAGAAUCUGAUCCCUCUCUGGCUGUGUCAGAUAUAUCUGCUGCUCGGUGAUUCCAGUGUAAAGUUUGCCAUCUAGUGUACCCACAGCAGCGUGGACAAACACAAGACAAUGGCAGGCACAGGCUCAGCCACAAUGCUUCACUGUACUCUCCCUGCUCUUCUGUAAACCAACCUGAUAUUACAAUCUCCCUCACGGAAAUGGACCUCAUCUACGCAGUAUGGCCUAGAACAAAGGAAUCCAGCUCAGUGGGAUGCAAUCGUAAUGGUUGUUAAAGGCACGUCAGAGCUCUAGCAGCAGUGGUGCAUUAGCUGUGGAGUCAGUCAACCAACCCCGACUGUGCCUCAAUGCAGAGGUUUCUGACUCCCUCUAGUGAGCCCUAGAGCUCACUGUAGACUAGAGAGAUGGCAUCCAUCUCACAGAGGACAUACUCAUCCUGCCCUCCUAUGGCCGCUCACCCCUGGGGUUAGCUGGCGACUCAGGCAAGAGGUGGUGAAUAGGUAGAUUAAUUUCACACCUUUGCUGUGGUGGUAAUUUUCUGUCAGGUCUUGCACAUUGUAGAAGGGAAAACACUAAAUAUGUUUGAUCAUUUUUGUUUGUUUCAAACAGUAUACACUAUUACUUCUGCUGCUGUUUACCAGUGUGAUUGUAACACCUGUAGAGGUACAGCAAAUGUUCCAAAUCCUCUCACUCUUCAUACUGUAGCUGCCUCUUCAAUAAUCUUCCUUUCAGGCGGGUACAAGAUGGUUUUUAGUAGGAGUACAAGUCAGUUGACAUCAAAUAAAAAGUCACCCAUCCAUGUCCUAUAUACUGUCGACUGAAUGAUAAUGUAAAUAGCAUGUAAGGGAAUUUGGCAGUCAUAUGGCACUCGUCUUUGAGGUGCACUGGAGGCAGGCAACCUAAUCCUCUCAUUCCAGAUAAAGCUGUGUUUAGGGUAUGUAGUAUUAGUUCCUAUCUGAGACUCCCCCCUUCUACCCCCACACCCCCCCCAUAGAGGACUGGCACAUGUCAGCCAGCCAGAGUGAGAUUGCAGGGAGAGGCCAAUUGGAAAGAAAUGAGAUUCAAGGCUGUCUAAUUUUGCAGCAACUGCGAUCCAUCAGGCAUUGGGGAGGUGACAGUGGAAAUGACUGAUGGAGACAGACAGGUGGGCUUUAACAUUCCACUGAUUUGUGCUCAAAAAGCACCGGGCCUGAGAUUUAUUGAGUGAACACGAUCAUGUUCAUUAUGACUGUCACCUAAGACCAUUUCUCUACAUCUCAAUGGGGUCACUUCAGCAAGAGAAGAUGGAGGAGCAGAAGGGAGCACAAAACAUACUCAGGGGGGAAAUCCUCCACAAUAGGCCCCUCUGCAGUUUGUCGCCAUUCAUGCUAACUCGUACUAAAAGGAUUGAGAAUACGCUACAGCGCAGAUCAUAUUUCUUGGAUGAUUUUCAUAUUUAACUUGAACGAAAGCUGAAAAUUUGCUGCUUUUAAUAGUAAAUGGACUUAAGCUUUUCUAGUUUUCCCAACCACUUAAAGCACUUUGUCACUACUUGUCAUAUCCAAUCAUACAAUAUUCAUAUAGUGACGGCUCAAUGGGCACUUUGGCAUGUGACCACAGGAGCAGGGUUUGAACCCCAAUCUUCCCCAAUUAAAAGACAAUCCACUUCACCAAUGAGUUAGAGCAGACCCUUUUAACCUAGAGAUAGAUAGAUAGAUAGAUAGAUAGAUAGAUAGAUAGAUAGAUAGAUAGAUAGAUAGAUAGAUAGAUAGAUGUAUUGUUGCUACUAACAGUAGCAGAGUUUUCUCUGCUUUGUAUUUUUCAUUUGUUCCAGUUUGAGAGUCAACAGGCUUGAUUCCCCUCAAGAAAUCACUUCCUGGAGAUGGAUGAAUGGAAGGGUAGAAAACAAAAGCAAUGAGCAGGAGAAAUAAAUCCUACAAUAGAGGCUCAGAUUGAUGAUUGAGAAAUAUGUGUGUCACUGUAACAAGCAUGUUCUGUGCUAAUGAGUGCAUGGUGUGAUUAAAUCAAACCUGACAUUAAAAUGCAGUAAAACAAUUCCUACUUUACGACAACAGACUCAGUACAUCAGAGUAAAAUUAGUCAUGAUAUGUAAAUCACUGCCAGUACAAGUGUUGCUUAUUAAAACAUUGAAAUAAUAUUUUGUGGAUGUUUUAAAGAUGAAAAUGUAAUUUUAUUAGGACUAAUUAAAGUUAAUUGUCUGUAUCAGAGAACCUGAGUGAUAGGUAACCAGGAUAAGUUUUUUGUGUGGCUUUGUUUAGUAGAGGGUCAAUUUAGUUUUCUGGGAAGGAGUUUUACAAGUUUUUUGCCCAUUUUGUUAGUCUGAGCAUUGUAAAGUUUGUAAAAAAAUAGAGUUGACAAUUUUUGAUUUCUUGGGCUCCUAGUUUAAUCUAAUACAUACUGGGACACCUAGUAGUGUAGUACCAAACACCUGCAGUAUACCACACGUGCUUUAAUAUUGUAAUGCUUCAUUGGCAUUAAACUGAACUCAUAUACAGUUGUGUGUUCUGCAUUUGUUGCACAAAGGGACUUAUGAUGACAGCUGACAGUUGUCUAUCAUAUCAGCCCCGGAUACUUUACAUUAUACAUAUAUUUGCAUUAUAGAGAUAGGCGUCAAAUAAAGUGUUACCACAAGAGGGUUUAUGGACUUAGGUUUCAUUGAGAUAAUAAACUACAUAUACUUAUAAUUAAACCUCAGACAGUUCUAAAUCAACAAGCUAGCUUUGAUAUCGCAAAGGUAAUGGUUAAAGCAGUGUGUUGUAAGAAAUGAUGUAGUAAAGAUUAUUAUUCAGUCUUCAACAAGUUAAGUUUUAAACCUGCAACUUACCUGUUUCAUUCACCUGUUUUAGUGAUUGAUGUCUUUAACGUUUGUGUCUCAUCCAGUUAUGCCUUACAACAGCGCCCAUCACUGCGUGGUGGAGGUGGAAAACUUCCUGCUGCUGCUUGGCGGAGAGGACCAGUGGAACCCCAAUGGUACAAUAACACCUCUGCAGCCUGAAAGCCUUUCUUUUCAGUGAUUUCCAACAACAAAUAUGACACAUUUAUAUAGCUGAGAGAACACUCGGAGCCAGAGUUGAUAUAAGUUCAAACUCAUCAGAGUUAAUGUAACACUUUCAGAUAGCUUCAGACACUCAUCCUGGAGCCAAACCAGCUCUGAGUGUACAAACAACACUCCAUCAACACUUGUCCAUAAUUGGCCCAGAAAAAUAACUGUUAUUAACACCAAAACAUUUUUGAAAGUGUUAGGUCCUUUUAGUGGCAACACACCGCAGUAGUAAGAAAGGAAGACUGUAAAUGAACAAAAAAAAAAAUCUGACACUGUCCUUUUGUUCUCCUUUCUGCACUUUGUACUAUCAGAGUGUUUUAUUCAGCAUUUUAAUUCAAAAUAAAUGUUGAGGAUCACUUAAUAUGUUUUGAACAUGGGUCUAACAACACCAGGUCACUCUGUUUGAAAACCCAGUGUUUAGUCAACACUUAUUGACUCUCACAGCAGUCAAAAGCAGCAGAGAGCAACACUAAAAAUAAUCACCAGUGGGUGGUGACUCUCAGAUCAUAUGCUUUUACUAAACAGAAACCUGCACAGCCAAAGAAGUGAAUUUCAUUUGCACUGCACAUUAAAAAACAACAAACCAGUUCAAACCGAGCAGUGCCUCAGCCUGCCAAAACUAUGUUGCAUCAUAAACGCUUAACCCACUAGACUGAAACAUGUCAGUAAUCUAUGUUUUUGUCUUGAUCUAAUUUUGCAGGAAAGCACAGCACUAAUUUUGUCAGCCGCUAUGAUCCCAGAUUCAACAGCUGGAUACAACUGCCUCCUAUGCAGGAGAGGUUAGUGUGAUUAUGGUGGAAUAAUGAUUUGUUAAUGAUGUGGUAAUGGAAAUACAGCUGAUGAUUCACAAAGACUCUGUAGGAUUUGGAGUCUCUGCCUCAAAAAACUGCUUUAAGUGUUAACUCUGAAUAAGCGAUAUAUAGAAAAACAUAUUGGGGAAAUGAAAAUUAAUAGAUUUAUAUGAGAUACUCUGAAGGUAUUUCUACUAUAAAUACAGUUUUGGAAUUGAUGCUGUUACAUACAAAAAAAAAAACAUACACAUAUAAAAUUUGGCAUAAAACAGAUGUCCAUGGUAUCAUGUAAACUUUAGGGGUCAACAUAUUUUGAAUCUAUCUGUUCAUCUUAUUAUAGUAACUUCAGAAUCCUCAAAUAAAUCAUGUCCUUGCUGGUUUCGUGACAUUGUCUGGAUGACACUUGUUUCUCAGGAGAGCAAGUUUCUUCGCCUGCCGUCUGGAAAAGCACCUGUAUGUGAUUGGUGGAAGGAAUGAGAGUGGCUACCUCUCCAGCGUGGAGUCUUACAACCUGGAGACUAACGAGUGGAACUACGUGUCAUCUCUGCCACAGCCUCUGGCUGCACAUGCAGGAGCUGUGCACAACGGCAAGAUCUACAUAUCAGGUCAGAAAGUGCCUGUUGUAUUAUCAUGAAAUACUCAUUUAGUUUAAUGUAAACAAUUUACCUGAACUCCUCCUUGAAAACAGUAUUGUAAGGAGUAUCUGCCACAACAAAACUUUACAUUUAUAUCAAGUGGUCAUCUCUCUUAUCAAACCAUUUCAGAUUCAGAAUGGACAAUAGGGAUGAAACUAUCAACGCCACAGAAACAGUUUUUAUCUCUUUCUAUGGCACAACCAGAUGUUGUCAUUUCUCACAUAAAACUUAGCUGGAGAAUCAGUGUGUGAAGCAGAUGACCCACUGAGCAAUGGAAGGCUAUUAGACGUCUAUUUUUAUUUAGACCUAAUUUUAACUCCCAAGAUUCUGUAUAUUUUUAGAUGGAAUUUAGAUGUUGCACUUUAACCCAUUAUUCGAUAACUAUUUAUUUCAAAAGCAACUGUGAGUUGCAUAACUGAUCUCCAAGUACUUAACCAAAAUAAUUAUGAUAGCUGUUGAGCAAUAUACAGUGUAGUAUAGAUAUAGCCCAGAUUUAGAUUUAGUCUAAACUUGGUCUAAAUUUAGAUGUCUAAAAACCUUCAUUUUUAGACCUGUGGUAGCCUGAUUUUAGACCAGUCUAGACUACAUUUAGACGUCUGUUAGACCUCUCUUAGACCUCUUUCAGACAAAAAAAAGCUUAGUGGGGAUGUAGCUGCUAACCUGUAAGUAAAAUGAGGAGAAGGCUACAAAUAUGUGAUCUAACCAUUCUUUACCGAUAUCACGCAUCACCCUUGUAAAAAACAUUUUAAGAUUUGAAUCUGAAAUAGCCAAAAGACUAAUUUACGGUAUAUCCAUCUUCAAAAUUAUGAUUCUGACAUGUAUUUAUGAGUUUUAGACAAGGUUCUGAGGUCUGAUAUUUCAAAAUCUUCUCUCAAAGGAUAGAUAUAACAUUUUAGACUUUUAUUUCUUAAAACAUAAAAAACACCUACUGUGCCCUCUGGUUUGUAUCAGAGAAGUUCCUUGAAUGGUGCAAACUCACAGGUUAGUGAUGAACCCUGCUCCACAAUUCAUGAAAACCAACUCCGUGUAGAUUCAGUAUAGUGUGGAUACACUACAACAGCUGCUGCCACAGUGUCUUUUAUUUAAUUGACAUUUAAAUCAAAGACUCAUCACACCAACACAUAAUAAACCAAAAUCCUCCUCUUCCAAAAGCUGGCUUUCACUGAAUCAUCAGUGAACUUUGUGACGUGACUAUUGUGCUGUGCCAGUCAGCACAAUUUAAAACUAAAAGAAGGGAACAAAAGCACCAGCCUUGAUUAGAACCUGUGCUCAAUAGAACUCCUUGGGAAAAGCACCGUUGACUCUGACGCACUAUGAGCUGUUGGUAAAAAAAACGUCACAGUUUAAAAGUAAGAGCCGGUAAGGUUUCUCUGUGAGGCGAGUGAACUGGUCUGUAUGAGAAACCAAAUUAAUCAUUCUGUAAAACAGUCAUAUGUUGUGUGAUUAAUACUUCUGACUGUGUGCAUCUGCAUGAACAGUCUGCCAGUCUGUCUACACAAACAUGAAUCUCGACCCAGUUUUGAAGGCAUGGCUCUGUUCUAAUCUGGUGCAGGUGGAGUUCAUAAUGGAGAGUAUGUUUCCUGGCUCUACUGUUAUGACCCUAUAAUGGACGUGUGGGCGAGGAAACAGGAUAUGAACACAAAACGUGCAAUUCAUGCCCUGGCCGGAAUGAACGACCGCUUGUAUGCCAUUGGUGGGAAUCAUUUGAAAGGUGAGUGCUUGAGCGCUUCAGGAGUUGAAGAAAAAAAAAAACACAGGUCAAGAUUGAUACUUUUUUAAAAGCAGCGUAUAAAGAACUGCUGCCAUUAGUGCGAGGAUGACCUCUUUCUUCCUCCCACCUCUUGUACACUUAAUCUUUUAAAGGUGGUAAAAGGAAAACAGGAAAAAGCAAUGGUUAGCUGGUAUGUGUCAUGUGUCAGGAUUGGUAUUUUAUUGGGAAAAUCAAGUGUGGACAUUUUAGUGAAGAUCUUCAAAAAUAACUUAAUUUAUUUUAAAAGACUAUUCAAUUUAUGAUGUUUCCUCUGCCUGUUGUAUGAUUUCUUGAUUGAUCUUCUGAAAACGGUCACAUGUCACAAGCUCUUUUUCAGCUGAUACUUAUGACCUGCAAAGGCUUUUUUGAGUGCAAUUACCAUCUUUACUGUGAGGACAGAUUUGCACUGUCAGGCACCACAUUGACAGUCAGAUCCUCUUCCAAUCAUUUGAGAUUUAGGAAAUUCUCAUUUUGCCUCGUUUUCCCUGCACAAAAAGUAACGCCAGGCAUGUCUAAACAUGUGAGAUCAAUUCAAUAUAGAUGUCUGUAUGAGGGCUAUACUGACAAAGAAAGGCCCAGAGGCCCACAACAAAAACUACUGUAAGAAACAUUUUAAUGUAUAAUAAAGCCUAACAAGUUAACCUAGAGAUGAGAACCAAACUGGAUGAUAGAGAAAUGUUUUAAGUGUAAUUUACAGCUGAUUUAAGACAUGGGUCAAAACCUCGAGUGUGUAGUAAAAGCUAACACAGGAGGAAGGUUAAGGAUGUAGCUGUAUUGAAGUAUUUGGAAUAGGCGCACAAUACGGAAUCAAUGGGACAAACAUCAGAGGCCACAUUAAGAAACAUCAGUUGUGUAGACAGCAGAGUAAUAUUUAGUCGUCAAGAUUCACACAUGCACAGAGAGGACAUGCAGACUCCACACAGACAGGCUCCUGUCAAACCAAGGAUUCAAACCAGGAACUCUUCUGCUGUGAAGCAAUAGCACUCGCCGCUGCACCACAGUCAAAGACAUGCUUGUCUGGUUAAUUGGUCACUCUGGAAUUAUCCACGGGUGUAAGUGCGUGCAUGAUCGGUUGUUUAUCUCUUUAUAUUAUUCCUGUGAUGGACUGGUGACCUGUCCAGGGUGUACUUGGCUCUCUCCCACUGACAGCUGGGAUAGAUUCCAGCCCUCUGCAACCCCAAAUGGAAUAAGCAGUAAAGAUAAUAGAUGGAUGAAGGUUUAAAUACAAACAGGCAGUAUAUUUAACCACAGUAAAAUUAAAGGGCUGGUUAACUGUGAGCAGUAUACUAAAGACAAAAAACAGACUUUAACACAAAGAAUAAAUAAACAGCUGUUAUAUUUAACACAAAUAGGCUCGCAUGAUGCUGAUUAUAAACAUGUGGUAGUGGAAGUCAUGUAUUUUUACCUCACUUUGCAAUGAUUAUGCAGUGAUAAUAACUGCCAAAGGGGGAAGACUAAAGUCCCACUUUGCAAGUUGAAAAUUUAUGUCAACAAUAAAAAAAAAAAAAAAAAUCACAUUAAUGAAUAAAAUCAAUCUCAAGUUUUAUUCUGAAUGUAAUAUUUGAUCUUCUCAGCAAAUCUGCUCCAUCAGGGCUGUGUGGGUGCUUUAUGAUCAGAUAUUAUUAACAGCAUCCUGGCAACAUAAAUAACCCCACAACUGUCAUAGGUUUGGAUUCAAGAGUCCCGCCCACUCACAGAAGUCAGAAGACAGUCAGAAAACACAGGAAUAACCAAAACUGUGCAAAUUUAGUGGGGCAGUUUGUGUUUCGUUCAGAACCGCUCCCCAAGAGUAAAAGUUGAUCGACUAUGAUGUGUGCCUUUAAUCAAAUUAACUUCACUUUAUACACUGAAGCUCAGUCAUUAAAGUACAAGCUGCUGCCAUCUGGUUGCAGAUACACUCCACCUGGAUACAGGACAAACGAAUUCAAGAGCUGACUUUUUCCUUGCACUGUUGGCCUCAUAAAUACCAUCAUGUGACUCUUCACCCCCCCUCGAUGCCCCUAUCUCUUGCUGUGUAACAAACUGCCCCUCUGGGAUAAUCAAAUUUACUUUGGCCUAGAUUGUUUGAACUUAUCUUACUUCUCUUUCAAAGGUUUCUCUCAUCUAGACGUAAUGCUGGUCGAGUGUUAUGAUCCGAAAGCUGACCAGUGGAACAUUCUGCAGACGCCCAUCCUGGAGGGUCGCAGCGGCCCAGGCUGUGCUGUUCUGGAUGACAGCAUCUUUCUCGUGGGGGGCUACAGCUGGAGCAUGGUAUGGGUUUAAUACAUCAAAUAUCAUCAAACUGCGGAUUGUUUUUAUUUUUGUAAACAACCUCAAAAAACAAGUAUAAUCCGCAACAUGUUUGCUAAAAUGUGUGCUAACUUCUCUACUAAAUCUUAGAUAUUAAACAUGGGUCCCUUUUUCUAAUAUAGUUCUCUUAAACAUAGUGGCAUAAGUGAAGGCUGAUGCUUUAUUUUCACUUUAACCAAACUCCUCUAUGUUUUGUGUUUCAAAAAUAAGUGAUAAUUUGAUUUCUUAACCACAUUUAAUUAUUUUUCUUUGUGUUUGUGAUUUAAUUUUAUUUGAGAUUUCUGUGGGAGUUUAAUUUUUUUUUUUUUUUAAUUAUUUUUUUUAUACCAAACAGCUUGUUUUCUUUUCAGGAAUUUUUUUACGUUGUUAGAAUUAUAUCAGAAUUAAAGAUUUUAAAAGCCUAAUCAUCAGCCUAAGGUAGCUUAUCUGGAACACUUUAAAUAACUGUUUAAAAUCCUCUUUUAAUAACAGUCUCUUCUCCAUUCAAACUAUCACCCUCUCCAUGGGCUUAGUGUAACCGUAAUACAGCAUAAUGUUCUGUUUACCAUCUUAAUCUAGUCUUAAAUAUCACAAUCCAAAGCUUGAGAUUCACCCGUACUCUGACGAAGUCCAGGACAAAGUUAUGGUGAGCAGGCACACGCCAGAUUUUUGAAAAUCCCUCUUGGUGAUAUCUAAUCCCUAGUUAGAGUGGCCAUAAUACCGACAUUGAGUGAGACAAUCACCGAUGUAAUCUUGAGUGCUGUUGAUCUCUUUUGUUGUUAGGAAAUGUCACUCAGACUAGAAAAAAAAAAGAAAAAUUUGUGUUAGAUAUUUUAAGCUGAAGGAUUUUAAACACAGUUGGCAUACUAUGGGGUAUUUCUGGCAGCAGGGUGCAGGUAUAUUUGGGACAGACUUAAAAUAAAUUGCAGUUCAUGGUAAUAAGGGAACAUGUCAUCCAGUGCGACACUUUGGCUCUUUGCUGUGUUUCUGGAGAACGGUGGAGCUUCAUUGCACAGAGAAAUAAGCUGUACCGGCUUUUCUACAUAGACAAUUCUUGUCAGGGAAUCAUUGUGUUACUAGUUGGUUGUUAAAUGGAAUUCUCAGACCAUAUACUGUACUGCAUGUAUAGCUGUUUUUUUUUUUUUUAUAAUCUUACUUCUGAAGCUUAAUCAAACGACAUUGUUCAUUCUUACAAAACAAAGCUUUUCUCUACCACAGCUAGAAAUCUUCGAGAGGAAAAAAAAGGUACUGACUUGAUUUUCUGUUUUCCUCAGGGGGCCUAUAAGUCUUCUACCAUCUGCUACAGCCCUGAGAAAGGAACAUGGACAGAGUUGGAGGGUGAAGUGGCAGAGCCUUUGGCAGGCCCAGCCUGUUCUACUGUCAUACUGCCGGCCUGCCUCCCUUUUAACAAAUGACAACUAAUCAAACGGAAGGGCGGUGAUGAGGGCGAGGAGAAGCUCACUGAAUGGGAGGAGGACCAUCAAUAAGCAAAACAGCUGUCAACAAUUUUGUGACAAACCCGCCUCUUAGAUGACGGGGAUCUGUAUAAAUUAUUUUUUUACAGGAUUGACCAGAGCACUUUCGUUAUUGCCUACUGAAGGUUUAAAAAAAAAAAAGAUUGUGUAAGUCAUGUAUUUAAACUCAUCUGUGUUCUGAGAAAAGGUCAGUUUCAUACUUGAUUUCAUUUUAACUGAUAGUAAGUGUUUUUGGCUUCUCUUCUAUAGCACGCAUAGUGUUGGACUGAAUUAUAGCUUUCAAUUCCAUUGUAUCUUGUAUUCAGUAGAGGCAUAAUUCCAGCAAAAUGCAGUGUUGUUUCAUGGACUGAUCCUGGGAGGAGAGCGCAUCAGUCCAAAUCUUCAUGGAGUUUAACUAGAGCUGGGUGAGUAACAUGAACAGUGAUGAUCAAGGUAAAUAUUCUUCAUCACUUGACGAUUUUCAGCCAGACUGAAGUGGCGUUUCUGUAUACCUUGUUGAACAGAGAGUUCCUUACAGGUAACCUGCUUGACAAAAACAUCUCACCAAAUGUUUGUGGCCACUACUCUUUCUGCUCCAAGCUGUGAGGCUGACCAUUAUUCCCUUAUCUUCAUAGAAGCACUGAUGUUCACGUUGAUUUGACAACAAAAGGUACAAUCAAAUUGUAACUGCUAGCCAGUGUACUCGUGGUUAGCUUGUUUAGAGAAUGAGAUAAUGCUAGGAGGCCUGUUUGUGAGGUCACGUUGCAUUUCCUUGGUGGGAUUUUAAUCAUUAUUGUAUGAAACCCAAACAGGCAUACAUUGGUCCUCAACGCACUAAUAGUCAACUUUCAAUUCAGCACUUUUAAGUAACUAAAACAUAAAAAUAAUCCAUGUGCUGUGUUGAGGAAGAUCCACAGUGCAAAGGAAUCCAAGUCCAGUGUAGUCUACAUUUCUAGGUCUAAGGAGUUGACUCUAAAUAUCAAUGCAGUACCCGUUGAAUUCUGUAAAGAUUUGUUGAUUUCAUUCUUGUACAUAGUCGCUUGCAGUGAAACAUUUUUGUGCACUCAAUUUUGGAUUUAUUCUCAAAUCCUGUUAUGUCCUUUGCAUUUUAGAAAAUGAAAAUAAAUUGACUCUUGAUGAUUAAAA